UUGUUCUCUUAUCAAGCGGCCACAUCUCCUGUAAAUCAACCAGACUCUCCGCCUCUCCCGCACCAUAUCACAACACCCGAAUUGCCAAAAAUACCCUCUACAACGUUUAUAUUCAUCACUAUGUUACAAGUCUUCGGAAAGCAGACCACGGUCAUUAUCGGGGACAGAAAACUCACAGACAUUAGUUGAACGUAGCGUGCGGCCACCAACAAGUUCUCAAAAAAAUGUCCAAGGACAGACAAAUAGAUGUCCGAAGAGUUCUGAUUUUGAAAUAUUCUCUAAUUUUGUCAUGAAGGAUCUCACAUUAUCUUGAUUUUGCAUCUCUUUAACGUCUCUUUUUCAUUUUUUUUUUUUUGAAAUCCACAACGGUCACUAAAGCUCGUCGAGCAAGAUGCUGGACGGGCUGUUGGGUCGAGGUUUUGGUUCCAAAUGUAAAUCGUUGAUAAAACUGAUCAAGAGUCGGAUCGAUGUGAUAAGGAGGAAGAGGAAUGCGACGCAGAAGUUUUUAAAGAAAGACAUAGCUGAUCUGCUUGCCAAUGGUCUCGAUAUUAAGGCUUAUGGCAGGGCUGACGGGCUUCUAGCGGAAUUGAAUGUUUCAUACUGCUAUGAUUUCGUUGAGCAAUCUUGCGAUUUUGUACUGAAGCAUCUUUCGGUCCUGCAAAAAGUGAGUAAUUGCCCUGAAGCCUGCAGAGAGGCUGCAUCGUCCCUGAUGUUUGCUGCUGCAAGAUUUUCUGAUCUGCUUGAGCUACGUGACCUUAGGCAAUUAUUUCAAGAGAGAUACGGGAAUACCCUGGAAUAUUUUGUGAAUCAAGAGUUUGUGGAUAAAUUAGCUGCAAAGCCUGCCACAAUGGAAAAAAAGGUACAGUUAAUGCAAGACAUAGCUUCAGAGUUUUCAAUCAAAUGGGACUCCAGGGCUUUUUGGCAGAGGAUGUCUAAACCCUCAGCAUCUUCACAGGAUCAGCCGAAAAGUCUUGGACCUUCCAAUGUCCCUAAGGGUAAACAUAAAUCAGUUAACAGCAAGGAGACUAAUCUACAAGAAAACAAACAUGAGGGUUCAUACAAAGAUACACUUGAACAUGCAGGUGAUGGUCACAGAUUGCACAACGGCAAAGAGAGUAAUCCAUUGAAAAGAAAUGAGCUUAUCCUUCCACACAAACAUGUUUCUGCAAGUGAUGGAUACAAGCCAGUUGUUGGUAGGGAAGAAACUAUCCUUAAAAUGGACCAUCAUGACAUUUCACUCCAGGGAAAACAAGAAGUCACCAGUGAUAGGCAUGAAGCUUGGGAUAGGAAGGAGGACACUGCCCUUAUAAAAGUGAGAGCAGGCAGCUCAUCUCAUGGGAGAAGAAUGGAACAUACUGAUGGUACAUUCAAGGCACAUGGUGAUAGGGAGAAUGCUGUGCCAAAGAGACAGAUCAAGGACAAUUUACCUUAUGGAAAGGCAUACAUUGGUCCGAGUUAUGCAGAACAGCAUUCAAAAAGCAAUGGAAAGGACCUGCUUGACUCUGAUAGUCAUGGUGGACAGCACAAUAAUGCAAAUUCAACAAGGAAAGUUCAGGAUGAAGAAAUAGUUCAGUUGAAGCCCCAUUACAGUAGUGCCCUCCCCCCUCCAUAUGUUAAACAUAAUGCCAAACCGAAGGAUGGAAAAUAUGAAGCCAAUUUAGGAUAUUCACCUUUUCGUUUUGAUGGUGAGGGAGUCCCUAUACAUCCUUCAGUACCUAUCACAGCUAAUGUUGGUGAUAUAUCAGAGAGAGAUGUUAGAUCCACAAGAGCUAAAACUCUUGAUGAUGAGAAAGAUUGUCAUUGUAAGGAUGAUGGUGCAGGAAAUCCAAUACAGAAGGCAAGAUCUGUACAGAGGAGACACCCGAAAUCACCAUCUGGUCAUGACAGUAUUAACAAUGCCACAGAUGCAGGAGUUUCAAAAAGAAAAUCAAGAAGCAGGAGAAGGGAUAACUCAAUAAGGGGUCUGCAAAUCUUGUUUGAUGAUGAGCACCAUCAAAAUAACGAAGAGGAAAGGAGACUAGAUAAACUGUUAAUGCAUUAUAGUAAGAAACCAUCGACCUAUGAAGAGGGAUAUGCGAGAAGGAAGUCCAGAAGUCGUCAAGCGCAUCCUGGGGGCAAUGAUAUUCUUGAGACACCUCAGGCUCAUGGGGGGGAUGUGUCUGAUGAUAUGGCAAAGGUAGUUCAUCCAGUUAGAUCAAUUUCCCUUCCAUGUGAACAACCAGCUUCAUUAGAGGCAAAAAAAGUAUUUGUUCGUGCUGCUUCCUUUCAACCUGAUAGAUCAAAUGCAGCUGGACAUGUGCACCCAAAGUUACCAGACUAUGAUGAUCUGGCAGCCCGGUUUGCUGCACUGAAGGGGAGGUAAAAUCUAUGAGUAAAUGAAUAUCAUUAGCAGCAUAAAAUUUUAUGCGAUCAUCUUGUAUGUCUCCCUCAAGUUUGGUUCUGUGUUGAGAAGGGAGAGCGGGGUUGGCUUUCUUCCUCUCCAUCACCAAUAUAAGCAAAGUGCCUUGAGAGUACAGUCUCGUGUGUGUCUGAGCCAGCAUUAUAUUUUUCGGCUGUCAUGAUUUCCUGAACAUAUAUACUGAUUUCAGAUUAACUUCCAUAGAUAAUGUGUAGUGAAAGUUGUAAUGUUGCAUAUCCUGAAAAUGAUAGAAAUUGAUAUUGAGGUUGUUUUGCGUGCA